AUGCCUUGGCGGGCAAAAAAGCCGCUGCGUGGGGAGAGGAGACGGGGGAGGGGCACUUCCGCCGGGGCCGCAGAGACGCCCUCGCCGCCCAUUGGCGGGAGCAGAUUACCUUCGCACGUGACCGAGGUGGCGUGGGGAAAAACCCGGCGCCACGGUGGCCCUGCCAGCGUCGUCGACCCUCUCCUUUCUCUCUUGCUGAGACUUCAACGAUUGCAGCUCUCUGUCGUUCACGCGUUGGAGUCGUUGGGUGUGCGGAGUGAUCGGUUGGAGCCUUACGGUUACGCAUGCGCUGAUGGCGAGGCUGCCGCGGUGUCGGGGAAUACUGUGAGGGGGGACGAUUUGUUGCCGGACACCCUAAACCCACUGGAGCGCUAUAUGCUUGCACACAAGCACAGAAGUGCCGGUGACGUAAAGACCUGGGGUGGGCUUUGCGGCCUCACGCGAGAGACUCAGGAGGCGUGCCUUGACGCCAUUCUUCGCUGGGUUGAUGACGGGUCACCCUGCGAGGACGCCCUGGAUGUGGCCUCCUCGCGCAGCGCUUUGGUCGCCUCUCUUGCUGCGCCAGCGGGUGCUCCGUCUGCUGCAACUGCCGGCCCUGCCGCGAAUAACAGUAGCGUGGCUGCACCACCACCUAAUAGAAAACGGAGACGUUCUUCAGAGAACCCUGACGGCAGCGAAAUUGGGUUUCGCCGUCAUUGGCGGCACUACGCUGCCCAGCUUAGAGCGGCGUGCAGGGCGGAGCUUGCAGUGGUCAAAAAGGCGUGUGCCACUGAUAUUGGCAAGGGACUCUCUUCCUGUGCAAAGGUGGGAGAACUCGAAACGGGCCAAGUGGCAGGUCUCACAACUCCUGCUGCAGCCUGCCUUGAACGGAACUACAAGGAGCUGACCAUGGCCAAAGACGCCUUGGCGGAGCGUCAACGGGGCAUCACGGAGCUGCUCUCCUCAAUAGAGAGUGCCAUGGAUGACUAUGCUGAGCAGACACGGAAAGUUGCCGAGUACGAGGAGUCUGUUUGGUCCAACAUAAGGCUUGCCAACUGCGAGAGCAUGGCUCUGCUGGAGUUGAGCCGUCGCAUAAGGUCUCUUGCGGGCUCAUCGUAG